AUGGCGGCGCAGUGGCUGGCGGGACUGAGACUGCUGCGCGUGAUGGGUGCGGGCCGGGCCCUGGGCAGUGCGGUGGGAAGAAGCGUCCUUGGGGUCCCCCAGCGCCCAGGGGUGGCCUGGAAGCCAAGCAGGUGUGGCGGUUCCACAGCAGAAGCACCUGCCACCAAAAGGGAGGACGAGUCCUUUCUCCAGUGGUUCCUGCUCCUUAUCCCUGUGACUGCCUUUGGCUUGGGGACAUGGCAGGUCCAGCGUCGGAAGUGGAAGCUGAAGCUGAUUGCGGAAUUAGAAUCUCGAGUUAUGGCUGAGCCUGUCCCUCUGCCAGCAGACCCAGUGGAACUCAACAGUCUGGAGUACAGGCCAGUGAAGGUCAGGGGGCGCUUUGACCACUCGAAGGAGCUGUACAUGAUGCCCCGGACUAUGGUGGACCCAGCCCGGGAGGCCAGGGAGGCUGGCCGGAUCUCAUCCUCAGCCGAGAGUGGUGCCUAUGUCAUCACCCCCUUCCACUGCUCUGAGCUGGGAACCACUAUCCUGGUAAACCGGGGGUUUGUCCCCAGGAGGAAGGUGAACCCAGACACCAGACAGAAGGGCCAGAUCAAGGAGGAAGUGGACCUUGUGGGGAUGGUGCGGCUGACAGAACCCAGAAAACCAUUUGUUCCCAAGAACAAUCCUGAGAGAAACCAUUGGUAUUACCGGGACCUGGAGGCCAUGGCCAGUGUGACGGGCUCUGAGCCCAUCUUCAUCGAUGCCGACUUCAAGAGCACUGUCCCUGGAGGACCCAUUGGGGGCCAGACGAGGGUCACACUGAGGAAUGAUCACUUACAGUACAUCAUUACCUGGUACGGCCUCUGUGCAGCCACAGCAUACCUGUGGGGCAAGAAAUUCCUGCGCUGGACACCCAUCAGCUUGAGGUAG